UGUAGAGAUAGAAAGAGAAAGUGAAAGAGAGAUUAAAAAGCAAAGGCGCCUCUUUUCCCCCCUAUCUUUUAAUCAUGGCCCCUUCUCUCUCCGUAAGUAAAAAAGGUUUGUUCUUGAUGUCUCUUUAUGCUCCCCUCAGGUUUUGGUGAGGCAGGCGUACCUCAUAUUAGGAAAUUUACAUAACCCCCCUUGUUCUCUUCUCCUCAUUUCUUGUCUUUUCUUGAUGAUGCCUUCCAGUUUUCCCCAAUUCUACUUCUGAGUUUCAAACAAAGGCUUGUGAUUUCCCAUGAUUCCCUUUACCUUUCCCUUUUCUUCCACCAAAAAAAGACGUGAUUUUGAUUGGGUUUCGCAGCUUCAACACUGACUACAUGAUUAGGAAAGAGAUGGAAUCAUGUGUUCUUGUAAUUAUCUCACUGUAGCUGCGAAUCUUUGUUUCUUGAUGAAUUGUGAGCUGGGUUUGCUGGUAGAUCCAUCUGUACCUUAUAAAGAUUCUGCUUUUUGAUGAUAUUUUCUGCUAUUAUUGAGUUUCCAAAGCUUUUUCUCAAGUGGGUGUUUGUUACAAUGUCUUUGAAUUCCAAGAUUUCUGGGUUAAAUGGUAGAUUGAUGACCAGUUCAAAGAUGAGGAAGACUAAAGAGCCUUCGAGGGGAUCUCAUAGCGGCUGGAAAAGGAAAAGAUUGCUCCUUUUUGUGUGGGUUUUUCUUAUUGUCAUUGGGUUUGGUUUAUUUUUAUUCAGUGGCGUUUUAAGGAAGAAGACGGAUAUAACAGUAACAGGAACAUGUGAAGAUAAAUCGUUACUCUUGGUUGAACAAUUUAACGUCAGCAAAGAGCUUCUUCAUGAGCUUGCUUCCUCAUUCUUUGAAUCAGAUCAGAUAACCACACUGAAAUGUAUCAAGCAAAUGGGAUACGAAACAUCAACAAAAAAUGAAAUCACCUGCGCUCUCACAGCGCAAAAUCCUGCAGAAAAUGUCGAAUUGUGGGGCCAAUGCCCUGUUGACCAUGGCGAUACUCCGAUGGUACUUGAAAAAGUUACAUUCGAGCAUCACAACAGUAUUAUGAAGGUCACCCUGUUGGCCCUUUCUGUAAUCGCACUUUGUUGUGUGAUUUUGUGGAAGAAUCGUAAAGGGAAACUUAAGAAGAAAGAGCAAGCAUUGACCUCGUCAAAGGGUGCAGGAAAAUGGAUGAAGAAGCUUCUGGUUCUAUUUGUAUUAACUGGAAUUAUUGUAUCGAUUUGGUUGUUUUGGUACUUAAAUGAAGGUACACGCAUUAGAAGAACAGAAACCCUAGAAAACAUGUGUGAUGAACGUGCGCGAAUGUUGCAAGAUCAAUUCAAUGUGAGCAUGAACCAUGUUCAUGCUCUUGCUAUUCUUGUUUCCACUUUCUAUCAUGGGAAAGAACCUCCUGCUAUUGAUCAGAAAACUUUUGGGGAAUAUACGGAAAGAACAUCUUUCGAGAGGCCAUUAACUAGUGGAGUUGCGUAUGCUCUUAGAGUGCCUCACUCUGAAAGGGAGAAAUUUGAGAAAGAACAUGGAUGGACAAUAAAGAAGAUGGAAACUGAAGAUCAAACGUUAGCACAAGAUUGUGACCCUGAGAACUUGGAUCCUUCACCUAUUCAAGACGAAUAUGCCCCUGUUAUCUUAUCUCAAGAAACCGUUUCUCAUAUUGUAUCUAUUGAUAUGAUGUCUGGAAAGGAAGACCGUGAAAACAUUUUACGAGCAAGGGCAUCUGGAAAGGGAGUAUUGACAUCUCCAUUUAAGCUAUUGAAAUCAAACCACUUAGGUGUUGUGCUUACUUUCGCUGUCUAUAAUGCUCAUCUUCAUCAAGAUGCUACACCAGAACAACGAAUUAAAUCCACUGUGGGAUACCUCGGUGCAUCUUAUGACGUGCCAUCUCUAGUUGAAAAGCUUCUACACCAGCUAGCAAGCAAACAAACCAUUGUUGUCAAUGUUUAUGACACAACAAAUGUUUCAGCAGCCAUUAACAUGUUUGGUCCUAAUGAAACUGAUACAGGAUUGCUCCACAUCAGCAGUCUUGAUUUUGGUGAUCCUGCUAGGAAGCAUGAAAUGCGUUGCAGGUUUAAACAGAGGCCUUCUGUACCUAUGACAGCAAUAAUAGCGUCGAUUGGAGUGCUUACAAUCACGUUUCUUCUUGGGCAUAUAUUCUAUGCAGCUAUAAACCGAAUUGCGACAGUGGAGAGUGAUUGUCGGAAGAUGAUGGAGCUCAGAAAUCGUGCCGAAGCUGCUGAUGUGGCAAAAUCUCAGUUUCUUGCAACGGUUUCACAUGAGAUUAGGACCCCAAUGAAUGGUGUUCUAGGGAUGUUGCAGAUGCUAAUGGACACAAAUCUGGACGCGAAGCAAUUGGAUUUUGCACAAACUGCUCAUGCUAGCGGGAAAGAUUUGAUAAAAUUGAUUAACGAAGUUCUUGAUCAAGCAAAAAUUGAAUCUGGAAGGCUCGAACUUGAAGCUGUCCCAUUUGAUUUGCGCACCAUUCUUGAUGACAUUUUAUCUGUAUUUUCAACUAAAUCCCAAGAAAAGGGGAUCGAGUUGGCUGUAUAUGUUUCUAAUCAGCUUCCCAACAUGGUUGUUGGAGACCCUACUCGAUUCAGACAAAUAAUCACAAAUCUUGUUGCGAAUUCACUUAAAUUCACACACGAUAGAGGACACAUAUUCGUGUCAGUCCAUCUAGCAGACGAAUUGACAAAUGAAUCCAAUACAAAAGACGAAAUCUUAGCCUCUCUUCAUGGGUCGAUAGAAAGAUGUAAUACUUUAAGUGGGCUUACUGUGGUUGAUAGGACAAAAAGCUGGGAAAAAUUCUUGAAAUUAAGUGGUGAAGAUUCGAUAAAUGAACCUGAAAAGAUUAAAAUAUUAGUGACUGUUGAAGAUACGGGUGUGGGAAUCCCUAUAGAUGCACAAAACCGUAUUUUCAUGCCUUUUAUGCAGGCUGAUAGUUCAACAUCAAGAACUUAUGGUGGAACUGGAAUUGGAUUGAGUAUUAGUAAACGAUUGGUGGGAUUAAUGAAUGUCAUUUCAGAGUUCAAUGGACUAAAAGCAUUGGUGAUUGAUUAUAAGAAUAUAAGAGCACAAGUCACUCGAUAUCGUCUUCAAAGAAUGGGAAUAUUAGUUGAAAUUGCAUCUUGUUUUGAUUCUGCACAAUCUUAUCUUUCCGAAAGUGAUUCUGGUUUUGCGAUGAUUCUUGUUGAUCAAGAAGUAUGGGAAAAGGAGAAAAGUCUUGUGUUCCUUCAUGGCGUUAAAAGUAGCACGAAAUUGUUUCUAUUGGCUAAUAAUGUAAACCCUAGGGUAAACAAUGAGAUGAAAUCGGCUAAUUUGGUGGCAACUGUUGUGGUAAAGCCACUAGGAUUAAGUGUGUUAAUUUCUUGCUUUCAAGAGAAGUUUAAUGUAGGAAACAAAAGAGUUGUAGCAAGAAGAAAACCGUUGAGUUUAGGGAGUUUGCUACGUGAUAAAAGAAUCUUGGUAGUUGAUGAUAAUGUUGUUAAUAGACGAGUGGCAGAAGGUGCUUUAAAAAAGUAUGGAGCUAUUGUUACUUGUGUAGAUAGUGGGAAGGCUGCUAAACAGAAGCUUAAACCACCUCAUGAUUUUCACGCGUGUUUCAUGGAUCUUCAAAUGCCCGAAAUGGAUGGGUUUGAAGCUACAAGGCAGAUUCGCAGCUUGGAGAGCAAGUUUAAUGAAGGAAUCAAAUCUGGUGAAGCUUAUUGGCACACACCUAUUUUAGCAAUGACUGCUGAUGUCAUCCAAGCUACUGAUGAAGAAUGCAUGAAAUGUGGAAUGGAUGGUUAUUGGGUCCCACUUCCACUUCUGGUUAGAUGGCCAAAGAAGCAGCAUUGCAAUUGA